CUCACAGCACUGACUUCCGGUGCUCUUCUCUGAGCCCAAUUCCCCCACCCCACUCCCCACCUCCCUGGGGGGCUCUGGCCCAACACAGAGCCUCAGGGGCAGCAGCAGCAGCAGCAGCAGCAGCAGGUGGCAGCUCCAGCAGGAUGUUCCCCGUGACCAAGGCCUUGAAAGAGGCCCUUCUUCAACACUUCAUAGGCCUGAAGCUGGAGAUCGCCUAUGCCAUACACAAGCCGUUUCCGUUCUUCGAGAGCCUCCGAGACAAGUCCCUCAUCACCGAGAAAAUGUACAUGGAAUCCAUGGAAGCCUGUCAAAACUUGGUUCCUGUAUCCAGAGUGGUGCACAACAUUCUCACCCAGCUGGAAAGAACAUUUGACCUGUCGCUUCUGAUGGCGUUGUUCAGCCCAAUCAACCUGCGCGAAUACCCCACCCUAAUGAAGAUUCGCAGGAGCUUCGAACGCGUUGGCGCUGCCUAUGAAGAAUUGGGGAGAGCCACGCCAGUGCUAACUGAAGUCCCAGAUGACCCCGCAGAAGGGAGCUCCAAGGUCCGACAUCCACGCCAGGACCACCAAAGACGACCACUACCCCUACCCCCGCCGCCGCCUUCCAGUCUGCCCAGUGCCCAGAGGGUCAGCCAGCCAGAGGCAUGCACGCAGCAAAGCAGACGGCCAAGCCCUGCGGGCCCUGCCGUGGCUCUACCUGGAAUCAUCCAGGAAGAAAAGAUCAUUCCAGUGGCCAAUGCCAACUCAGCAUCCAAAACAAAUAGUGGAGAAGACUCGCAAACGCUGUCCAGCCUUCCGCUUGGCCCCGUGCAAGUUUCAGAAAGGCCGGAAGAUGAGGCUGUGGGCUUCCACCCUCUGCAGCUGCCCGUGACCUGCGGGGAGGCAAAAGGAGUCUUACACAAGGAGAGGAUGAAGCGAGGACCCUCAGAGAAGUGCAUCCAGGACGAGAAGGGAGCUUGGUUCACACCAGGGGAAUUUGAAGUGGCUGGAAAGUGGGCCAAGUCCAAGAACUGGAAGCGGAGUGUCCUUUGCAGGGGACAGAGCCUGGGUCAGCUGCUAGAGAAAGGACUUCUGCUCUGUCCUUCGCAAGAUUGUGCCACGAAGCAGCGGCAAGGGGAGAGCACAGAGGGCGGUGGUAGUGCUGGGGGGGCCUCCUUGGUGGAGCCUGUGCACCAAGCUCGCAGGAUUGCCAGAGAAGGAACGGAGAGUAGUGACCGUGGAUGUGGACCUGACCCUCGUCAAGAUCGCCGCAGUCCCCCUCGUGACAGCAUUGGCCAUGGUGGCCAGGGCAGCAGCAGGGACAGGGUAAAAGGCAGAGGCUGCCUGGGAGGUCCCCAGCGGGAGCCCAUCCCUUUCCCAGAGAGCAGGAAGGGGCUGGACUGCCCAGCCCUUCCCCCAGGAUGGAAGAGGGAAGAAGUGAUCCGGAAAUCUGGGCUCAGUGCUGGCAGGAGUGAUGUCUACUAUUACAGCCCCAGUGGGGUCAAGUUCAGGAGCAAAGUUCAGUUGACCAGGGUUCUAGGUAGCACGGUGGAUCUCAGCAACUUUGACUAUCGAACUGGAAAGAUGCUGCCUCCUAAGUCCCAGGCCAAGUAGCACCAGCGACCAUGGGACAAUCCUCAGCCCAACUAAGUGUGGGAGCGCUGUGUGCUCCGGUGGUUGACCCACAGUACAAACCCACUAGCCACUCAGCCAGAUGAUUGGUUCUAAUGAGUUUAAAAUUCAUUCUAGUUUUAAAUUCUUUCUGCUUUCUUCUGGAUUGAGCUCUUUCUGUGUUUUAUUUUGUAAUUGUUGGCGGUGGGGUGGGGCUAUAAGUUUAUGGGACUCUUAUGUCAAUGAAACAAAGACAAAUAAAAGAUUUACAA